UCCGCAUCCGAAUCCUCCUCAUUCCUUUCCAUUUCCGGCCCAUUUCUAUACUUGUUGUGCAUUCACCCUAUACCUUGAUAUCCCUACUACUAACAAUCCCAUCCCAUUUGGCUUCCUCCCCUGCACCAUGCCAUCGACCGUGUUACCCACGGUGCAGCACCCAAAGACCGGGGUCGUCAAGUUCACCAACUGCUUGCUUGUCCAAGGCAAUGAGCUGGUAGAUGGCGACCUCUGGGUCAGUUCCGUCACAGGCAAGAUCCUGAAUGGCCAAGAGAUAUUGUACGAGCAACGUGUAGCGCCCGACGACAUAGUCGAUCUCGCCGGUCGCAUUCUGUCCCCUGGUCUGAUCGAUGUGCAACUCAACGGUGCUUAUGGCUUCGACUUUUCCGUCAUACCAUCCGAGGGAUCCACAGCGUACCGCAAGGGAGUCCAAAUGGUAAAUAGCAAUCUGGUCCGUGGAGGUGUAACUUCUUAUAUGCCCACCAUCACCUCUCAACGACCCGAAGUAUAUCAUAAAGCUCUCCCCUUCCUCGGCCCUUCAGGCGCAUCUCGAAAUGCCGCCCAGGGUUCCGAAUCCCUCGGAGCCCACUGUGAAGGCCCCUUCAUCUCCCCAACCAAAAACGGGAUCCACAACAUCUCUGUGCUGCAAACCCCCCACGCAGGCCUCUCAUCCCUCUCCACCGUCUACGGCCCGCACAACCUCCCCCCCAACGCCCCAUCCCCCAUCAAACUCGUGACCCUCGCGCCCGAACUCCCCGGCGCCCUCCCCGCCAUAUCCGCCCUAACAGAGCGCAACAUCCGCGUGUCAAUCGGGCACUCGGAGUCGACGUACGAAGAAGCCAAACUCGCCAUGCGCGCCGGCGCAUCGUCAAUCACCCACCUGUUCAACGCCAUGCGGCCCCUGCACCACCGCAACCCCGGCAUCUUCGGCCUCCUGGGCACCGCCUCCUCGACGGUCAAACCGAAACCGUACUUCGGCAUCAUCGCAGACGGCAUCCACAUCCACCCGACGUCCAUCAAGAUCGCGUGGAACGCGCACCCGGACGGCCUGGUCCUCGUCACCGACGCCAUGCGCUUGGCCGGCAUGCCGGACGGCGUGUACGACUGGACCAACGGGUCGCGCAUCGUCAAGGCCGGCGCGCUCCUCACGCUCGAGGAAAACGGCAAAAUCGCCGGCUCUAGCAUCGAGCUCGUGCAGUGCGUCGAGAACUUUUUGAACUGGACCGGCGCCAGCUUGUCCGAGGGGUUGAGGGCCGUCACGGAGACGCCCGCGAAGAUGCUGGGCGUGGAGAGCGUCAAGGGUGGUUUGAGGGCCGGCAUGGAUGCUGAUCUCGUUGUGUUGGAUCUCGCGGAUGGCGCCGUCGGAGGGGAUAAGAAAUUGAGCGUGGAGCAGGUUUGGAAAUUCGGGAUAAAGGUUUUUGAUCGAUCUGAGGAACAUGGUCAAAAGGUUCCGCAGUGA